AUGUUUCACUAUUCUGGGCGUCUUGCUGGACUCGACGAAAUGGUCUUGAAGAUCAGCGCUCCUUCUAAAAUUGCUUCUGCGGUAUCAACAUGUACCCUCGACGGUGAGCCGUACCUUAAGGUUAGGAAGGUCAAAAAGCGCAAGGCUGAGCGGGCAUUUCGUCCACCCCUUGUGGACAAGACACUACCGGCGGUAAACCAUGCUUCAAUCCAGCUGCCCCACGCUCCCUCAAAGAUACAGCGUAAAUCAUUGGAAAAGUCUGUCGCUGUUGAGAAACCCCCCGAAGAGCAACAGAACCUUGUUCCUCCUAACCAACCCGUUACUCGCAUCAACCGCUCACGGUGCAAUAUUGAGUCAUUUCGCCCCAUUCCUCCUCUGCCAUCUGCAUCCACGCUGCAGCUACCUUCCUUUCUCAAUUUUUCAACCACACAUUCGUUAACAUCUCCUUUGCCUGCAAAUCAAUGUCCCACGUCUCAUCCACCCGCCGAGUGGUUGUUCGUAAAACUAAGAACACAAAGCUGUAUGAAGGACCGCAUUGGGUUCCCGCCUUCCACCACCCGAAUAGUCCUUAUGUUCCAUGGCCACCUGCCGUACGGACAUCGCAUUCUUCCUCCAUUGAUGCCGGAAUCACCCAUCUCACCUCUUUACUCACGUAGUGGAGCUGUCGCACCUGAGCCAUGGGGCUCGCAUUCUACCACAGAAACACAGACGAAUGUGGAAAAGCGUUCCAGUUCGUGGAAGAGCUUCAAGAAAUCGGUUAAGAGUGGCUUGAAGAGUGUCAAGAGUGUUGUCUCGCGCAUUGGCAAGGUCCCGAAACUCUCCCGCGGGCGUUCAGAUAUAAAGAUGAUAAAUCGCAGCGACGACCCGGUCCCAUCUGCUGGUGACUACAUGGUGUUUGCAAAGAACUCAUCCCCGGUUUCCCCGGGCUCUCCAACCAAAGAUACCCCUGCCUCACGAGUUUCGUUGGGUAGUCUUGCAUCAUCAGAUUCUGUUACCCUGGCUGCAUGGCUAGCUGAACGACGUACCACCUCUAACACUUCAUGGGAGUCUCCUGGGAUGUCAGUGGAUGAGUACGAGAUGAUGGGUAGUUGGUUGGACUUACGUGUUGGGGAUGGGGAAAGGGUUUGUGGCGUUCUGGAUUGUGCCGCCCAUACUCCAAAUGGAACACCCGACGCGCUUUGCCACGGACUGCGCGAUUUCCAUUCAGCAGUGCCUUCCGACGCCACAGUUAACGAACGUGCCAAAGCACAUGUGCCGAAGAAGACGAACAUCGCCUGUAUCGACGCUGGACCUCAAUUCGUGGUCACAUCGGUUUUACUCUCUUCCGCGGCUGCCAUCGCAGGCACUUGCCAUGUCCACGAAUGA